AUGUACAUAACUUUAUUGUUAAAACAUAGCCCAAUACUUUUAUUCCUACUAUUUUUUACUAUUUUAAAUUUUCUCCCAAAAUUUAUAAGUUCGGACGGAAUGGUUUCAUCUACGUGACAGUUUUAAUGCCCUGCUAUUAAAAUACUUUAACCAAACCCAACUUUCUAACACUUAAUAAAUCCCUUAAGUGUAGAUUUUGCGAUAAUACAAAUUUCCAUUUCAUGAAAUUUAGUCUUUUGUAAACAGUUAUUCAAGAAACUACAAAAAUGUUAUUAGACAAAACAGUAUCAAAUUUAGCAUCCAAAUUGUUUUCAGGCCAAAUUGUGUGGCGUAAUGUUGUUCUUUUGCUUAUUCUCCACGUUGUUUCUCUUCAAGCUUUUUACUUUGUUCUGACGAUAACUAAAUGGCGCACACUAAUUUUUGGAUUUACUUUUGGUGCACUAACUGGUCAAGGAAUCACAGCAGGGGCCCAUCGACUUUGGGCUCAUCGUUGCUAUAAAGCUAAACUUCCAUUAAGAAUAUUUUUGUGUUUUUUGCAAACUGUGACUUUGCAAAAUCCUCUUUAUGAAUGGGUGAGGGAUCAUCGAGUUCAUCAUAAAUAUACGGAUACCAACGCAGAUCCACAUAAUGCAACUCGAGGAUUUUUCUUUUCACAUAUGGGAUGGCUGUUGGUACGUAAACACCCAGAUGUUAUCACUCAAGGGAAAAAAUUGGAUUUGAGUGAUCUCGAAAACGACUCCGUGGUUAUGUUUCAAAAAAAGUACUACAAAAUUAUAGCCCCCGUCUUGAGUCUUAUCGUACCAGCUCUAAUCCCGUGGUAUUUUUUUGAGGAAGAUUUAUACAUAUCAUGGGUUACAACCUGUGUGCUUCGAUACGUUAUAACUCUGCAUUCCACUUGGGCUGUCAACAGUGUAGCCCAUAUUUGGGGCAACAAACCAUACGAUAAAAACAUUAAACCUACAGAGAAUAUCGCGGUGUCAAUUGUUGCGUAUGGGGAAGGUUGGCAUAAUUACCAUCAUGUUUUUCCAUGGGAUUAUAAAGCAGCUGAAUUGGGUAAUUACAGAACAAAUCUUAGUACUGCAUUUAUUGACCUCAUGGCCAAAAUUGGAUGGGCUUAUGAUUUAAAAAGUGUUUCCCCUGAAAUGUUAAGACAACGGAAAAUGCGGACGGGAGAUUGGGAUUAUUAAACAUGCCAAAUUUGGGCCUGUUAAGGUUGAAAAUGAAUCUGUGAUUGGGAUAAAAAAUUAUGCUCGUUAUUAGAUUAAUAAAAUAAAAUUAUAUUAAAUGUAAAAUGUACAU